AUGGCGAAGAAGGAAAGCAAGCUCAAAUAUCUCGCAGACACAUAUCCCGAUAAUCUCCUCUACUGGCCAACGGCAGAUGAAAUGACUGGGCACAAUGACCAAGACAGAAGAAAAUACCUCGAGACACUUAACUUUAAUUAUCUCAUGCGCCUUGGUUCAGGCAACUACGAACGUCUCUUCCCCAACUAUGGCCCUAUCAAUACAAUGAGAUCAUUAGAGACUCGCAUUUACAAGGUUCGUAGAGAUCUGAAAAAACUGCUGGCGAAAAAUGAAGCAGCUUUAGGACUUGAUAAGGCCACGAUACUUGCUCGCCAGGUUCAAAGACGGCAAGCUCAAGCUCGAGCCCAAGCCCGGGAUCGGCCUAGGGUACAAGCUGCAGCUUCGUCUCUUGUGCCAAAUCAGCAACAGCAACAACAACAAGUUGAUCACACCCAUUCUAAUCCCCCAUCCUCUAGCUACAUGCCCAGAACCUCAGCACCCCGCCCACCGCACUCAAAUUCUCACCCCUCAGCACAGAAUCUCUCUACGAUUCCUCCUCAAGCUGGCGUCCACCCUCCUACUCCAAGUCCCCCUUCGCAUCCACAACCUCAACCGUCUAAUAACAGAUCGCAGCCUCGCCAGCGUCGCAAUUUUCCAACCUCAAGUGACGUCGCCGCGUAUUACUCAGCUAGAGAAUUGGCACCCCCUGGACGCCUUAUUCGAGCUUAUCAGCCUACUUCUACUUUUACUGACGUUGACCAAGCUUAUGAGGAUACUCAGACACGAGCACAAACUGGUGAUUCAAGCCAGUCUCCACGAGGUCGUUCGUAUGGCGCCAAUCAACGUAUGCCUUUUCCUCUUCCUGCUUCUCCACAUCCUGCCUUUGAACCUCCAGCAGCUGCGGAAAGAGAAAUUCUCCAAAAUGGCCGCGAUACGAGUUUAGAACCUCCUCGCCAUCCAACGCCUUCUCAAAUCCCACCCAGUGGCCCAGAACAUCGAGCGAAUCUAGGCUCUCUCACCAGCAACACCGCUGGCAAUCAAUCCCCAGCCGACUCUGGUCGCUCGCGAGUUCAGCACUCCGAGCGUAGCUUGGACGGGCUUGUUAGGAGAAUACAAGCACAACACAAUUCUCUUCCUCAGCGAUUGACCCCCACCCAGCAGGUAGCUCAACAGCAACUCCAUCGCGACCCCCGUCUCCCCCCAAGAAACGCACAGGGCCGACACCCACUCCCCACAUCCCCCGUCCCAGGUCUCUCAACACCCCUCCCCACCCCCAGCUUGUCCAUCCUACCUCCUCCCACCCACACCACACACUUACAACCACCACCUCCUCGCAUUCCAGCUACAGCUCCAGCUACAGCUACCCCCAAUCCACCUCCACCUCCAUCCAAAACUCCAACCACAACCCCCCUCGAAAACUGGCGUAUCAUCUCCCCCAUAAACCAUCAACCUCCAACUUCAAAUCGAAGACCAACCAUGUGCCCUCAGUCCGCAUCUCAGGUUGCAGAGCCAGCUUUGGAUUUGGAUUCGGAUUUGGAUGAUAUGGAGCGGGAUGCGGUGGAUUUGUAUUGUGCGGUUUUUGAGAGUUCAAACGGAAGUUCGCGUGGGGAUUAG